UUUGCCGGCAUUAGAAGAAAAGAUGACUUCUUUUUCUUGUUGGCGAUCAAUUCCCACGGUUGAUAGAAUUAGCGACAUGCCGGAUUCAAUACUCAGUCAUAUUCUCUCUUUUCUCCCAACCAAACUUGCUGUAACCACAACUAUACUUUCUAAGAGAUGGAAACCGGUAUGGCGCUCGGUGUUCACUCUUGAUUUUGACGACAAAACCUUCCCAGACUUCAACAGCUUUCGCAGAUUUGUUGACUUAGCCAUGUUCCGGUUGCGAGACAAAAAAACUGAUAUCUAUUCGUUUACCUUCAAAUUAAGUCACUCUUCUCGCUUCGACCAAAGACAAUUUGAUAGAAUUCUUAAAUUUGUGAUGGAAAGAGGAGUCAAGAAUCUUAAGUUCAACAUGACUGAUAAACAGCGUUCUAUCAAUUUACCUCCUCGCAUUCUUAGUUGUAAGACUCUUCAGAUUCUUACGUUGGGAAACUUACUUAUUAAAAAAUUUGAUAAAGUGGAUUUUCCUCUUGUCAAAACUCUUCAUUUGGAUAGAGUUUUUUUCACACCUCCUCAAUGUUUUGUGAAGUUUAUAUACGGUUUUCCUAUUCUAGAAGAUUUGAAUACAAAAUCAUUUCUAUUAAGUUCGCCGGAGUUGUUUGAUGAUCCAGCAGUAAAGUUGAAUGCUUUACUUAAUUUGGCCAAAGUAAGGAUUUGUUAUGGUAUGGAUGAUAUGAUGACUUUGUUUUGCAAGGCAAAGAUUUUGCAUCUAGAACAGAUGUGUGGGUGGAAUUUGAAAAGACUUCCCAUGUUUCACAAUUUGACCCACAUGGAACUUGAUCAGAUGUACAUUGUGAUCCUAGCAAUACUCCCACAUUUCCCCAAUCUUCAACAUUUUAUCAUCCAGUGUGCAAGGAGGGGUAAAGGUUUUUGGAAGUAUCCACCCACUGUUCCAGAUUGCCUUUCAUCACAGCUCAAAACUUGUUGCGUUAGAAGUUACAUAGGCACAGAAUACGAGUUCAAAUUUGUAAAAUAUAUUAUGCAGCAUUCAAACGUACUCGAGACCAUGACAAUUCAGAGUACCUGCCUUGAAAAUGACCGAAUGAAACUGAAAUUAUCUUCAUGCACAAGGGGCUCUACAACAUGUAAACUUCUAUUUGAUUGAGGAUGACAGUUACGCCAUGUUUUUGAAGAACAUGUAUUUGUGAUUCAUGAAAGAUUUUUUUUGGGAGUUUUAUCUAUUGUAUGGUAUGGUCCGGUUGUUGGUUCUAUGAAUAGUGAUAAAACAUAAAACUAUGAUAUAUUUUGAGUUUUAAUUGAUUGCUUGAAACAUGAAAGAAAUCCAAGUUUUGCAUCAGACUAAAGAACUUGUUCAUUGAAACAGUUCUGUAUGAGAGAAUAGGAUAUUAAGUCUAAUUCAUAUGCUUGUCUAUGUAGGCACAUGAAUAAUUUGUUGUAUGCCUCACUUUAUUUCUGUUUUGGGUUGUAAAGGCUUGCUUGAAUCAAUUUAAUUGGAUACUAUGUCUUAUAAGAAUUUUCAAAGCUUUUGGAUGGUUUAUUAAUCCUUUUACUGCUAAAAGCCUUAUGUUAAGUGGGUAAUUGAGUUCUUUCUAGCAACUGCUACAAAGUUGUCUGAGCUUGGUCUUGGUUUGAUUUCUGAUAUGUUAUUAUUAUUUUGAUUUAGCAAUUGGCCAUAAUUUAUACUCUUUCUGAUAGACUCACUUGGACUAAGGUAUAUGCUACAAGUCUCAACACAUAUAUAUGGCUGGCUAUGAUGCAUUGUAAUGAAAUUGGCUAUAACUGGAUGGUUCAUUAGCUUUAGUUUUUUAUUUCUUGUGAAUUUGUAGCCAUGUCAUACUGAAAAUACAAGAUUAUAAUUUUAAGAAAUAGGUCAUUGUUAAUAUUGUAGCUGAAUUGGAAAACAUUUAACAUGGUUUGUUCUAUAAAACAGCCAGCAUUUAUUUUACAACACAGACAAUUCCUCAAGCUUUGGAAAAAAUGCACUGUUUCAUUUUAUUUUUAAUCUCCUUUCAUUUUACUAUUUUAGUAAAUUUCAAUAAAGCAGUACUUUUUAUUACAAUACUUGUAAUUGGGUACAUUAUAGUUGCUCACUGAUGGUAAUCUAUGAUUGUAAUUCAUAACUUUUUCUCGGUUGUUACUAAGGAGAAAGACUUGUUUGGACAUAGGCUUUUAAACACAUCACUUAGGCACCCACACACAAAAGUAUAUUUC